AUGGCCUUCAACCUAGCUACAGUGGUUCUUGCAGCCGCGGUGGCUGUCCUCAUCGUCCACCAACUCGUGACGUCUAUUCGGUUCCGUAGGAAGUACAGAUUUCCUCCAUCGCCACCAGGAAAGCCCUUGGUUGGAAACAUGCUGGACGUGCCAUGGCCGGCUGGUAUGUGGGGAGUCCAGCUGGCAAAGAAGUACGGUGAAAUGUUCACAAUUCGGAUCGGCAACAAGAAUGUGGUCUACUUGAACUCGGGCCGCGUCGUCACAGAUCUCCUCGAGAAACGAGCUAGCAUCUACGCCUCGAGACCACCUCGGCCCAUGGCUCAGGAUAUUGCAUCCGGGGGUGUACGCAUGUUGUUCAUGGGCCAUACCAAUCAGUGGCGCAAUCAAAGGAAGAUCAUGCACAACAUCCUGAACUCGCAGCAGGCGGAGACGAAAUUUGUCAAAUAUCAGGAGCUUGAGUCUAGGCAGCUACUCUGGGACUACAUGCAAGACCCAGAGCACUGGUACAACGCCAACCAACGUUUCUCCAACUCAGUGAUCAUGGGUGUCGUUUUCGGGAGAAGGGCAUCCUUGGACGAUGCAGUGCUUACCAAAAUGCUAAAGCAGAUGAUCGAGAUCGGGAGCCUAGCCUUCGCCCCAAGUCUAUACAGUGCCCCCGAUUACGUGCCCUGGCUCAACUACCUACCUAAACCACUGCAGUGGUGGAGGCCAUACGGCGAGGACUUGUUCAAGCGUACCUUGGAAAUCUAUAAGCAAGAGGUCGACGCAUACAUCGUGAAAAUGAAGAACGGGCAGGCGAGGCCUUGCUUUGCCGCCGAUAUCAUUGAGGGCACCGCAAAGAAGGAAUUUGUGCUAGGCGAGAAUGAGAAAUUGAUGGUCUUCAGUACGCUUUUGGAAGCUGGUAGCGACACGUCUCGGACAGCCACUACGCAAAUGUGUGCUGCCGCUGCAGUGUAUCCUGAGUGGGUGAAGAAGGCGCAAGGCAUGUUGGAUGACGUGUGUGGCCACAACGCUGAGCGGUUACCGACGUUGGCGGAUCGAGACGCACUCCCAUACAUCACUGCAGCAGCCAAAGAAGCACUUCGAUGGCGUCCUUUCGUCCAGACGGGAGUCCCUCAUGAGCUGACGCAAGAUGAUGAGUACGAGGGCUAUAAGUUUCCAGCAGGGACUUUGUUUACCUGGAAUGCCUACGCUUUGGCCUUGGAUGAAAAUGAGUAUAAGGACGCGCACUGCUUUGUACCAGAGCGUUGGUUGAACAACGAUCUGAAGAACCCUCUAAAAGGACACUGGUCCUUUGGAACUGGUCGUCGAGUAUGUGUCGGCUAUAACGUCGGUUUCAACAACCUUUGGAUUGCAACUGCGUGCUUGCUGUAUUGCUACGACUUUGAACAAGAUCCAGACCAACCCAUCGACACGUACAACAGUAUGUGGGACAGCGUUGACAGGCCUCCCUUCAAGCUGCGCGUCAAGCCUCGCAGCCAGGCUCACAUCGACCUUAUGCAGCGCGAAGGAUUGAAGGCUGUGAACACCGACUUGUAA